AUGAACUUUUCAAAUGAAACCGACAUUACUAAAGAAUGUGAAUUUUCUGUAUUGGUUCCCCAUAAAAAAACUCUCUCUCGCCCUUUCUCUCCCAUUGAUAUAGAUGGGUUAAGUUGGCCCAGUAUAGGUACUAAACAACGGUUAAACGAAUCAGAAGAACAAAAAAGUGAGCGAACAAAAAAACUUGCUGAGGCUGUUAAAACAAUUGUAGAAUGUAUUGGAGAAGAUCCUAAUAGAGAAGGAUUAUUAAAAACACCUGAUAGAUACGCUCAUGCUUUAAUGUUCUUUUCUAAAGGAUAUGAAGAAAGUAUAGAACAUAUAAUUAAUGGUGCCAUAUUUGAAGAAGAUCAUGAUGAAAUGGUUAUAGUAAAAAAUAUUGAUGCAUUCUCCUUAUGCGAACAUCAUUUGGUACCAUUUACUGGAAAGAUUAGUAUAGGAUAUAUUCCAAAUCGUCGAGUUUUAGGGAUAUCUAAACUUGCAAGAAUUGCUGAAAUGUUCUCAAGAAGAUUACAAGUUCAGGAACGUUUAACAAAACAAAUUGCAGUAACUUUACAAGAAAUAUUAAAACCUCAAGGAGUAGCUGUUGUCAUGGAAGCGACUUCUACAAUUACAAGUGUUAUGUUGGGAGUUUUUAGAGAACAAGCGAAAACACGAGAAGAAUUUUUAACAUUAAUAAAAAGUUGA